AUGAAAAUAAUACCCAAUGAAGACAGGUUCAAUGAAAUACCUGAUAACAGAGAUGAAGUCAUUGAAAAAGGUGAAGUGGAAGCAACGAAAGAAAAAGAAAAAAAUGAUGAUAAAGAGAAAAAAGAUGAUCAAGAAGUUCUUUUCAUACAAGAUUUGGCGUUCACAGUGAAAAUAUCCAGUCCUGGAGCGGAUUCAUUUGAUCUUCAGGUUUCCAGCAUGGAAUUGGUUCAAGAAAUUCACCAAUUAUUAAUGGAUCGAGAGGAUACCUGUCAUCGAACGUGUUUUUCAUUACAACUAGACGGAAACACUCUCGACAAUUUUGCCGAGCUCAAAAGUGUCGAAGGUCUCAGAGAAGGUUCGGUUAUUAAGGUUGUCGAAGAACCUUACACGAUUAGAGAGGCCCGAAUCCACGUUCGUCACGUACGAGAUCUAUUAAAGUCUAUCGACCCGGCUGACGCCUAUAACGGUGUAGAUUGUUGCUCUUUAGCUUUUUUAAAUGUUGUAACUCAAGGAGAUAUAUUGGAAAAGAAAAAAACGAAACCUGAUAGUGUCGAUUGCACGCCUCCAGAGUACAUAAUGCCUGGUUCAAAAGAAAGACCUCUUAUUCCUUUACAACCUCAAGCUAAAGAACAAAAAGCACUUCAGUGCAUAAAGAUUUUAACUACUUCCGGUUGGAAUCCUCCUCCAGGUUAUAGAAAAAUGCACGGAGAUCUCAUGUAUCUGUAUGCUAUCACUCUUGAAGAUAAACAUUUUCACAUUACAGCUUGCACUAAAGGAUUUUUUCUUAAUAUGUCUACAGAGGAAGAAUUCAAUCCAAAGCCGUACAAUCCCUCUCAUCUUUCUCAUUCGCUUAUCGAACUCUUGACUCAUAUAAGUCCCGGUUUUAAAAGGAACUUUGCAACUUUACAAAAAAAAAAAACGGCUAGGCAUCCUUACGAAAGGGUGACUACUCCUUACCAAGUGUACUCGUGGACAGCACCUCAAAUGGAACACACAGUGGAUGCUAUAAGAGCAGAAGACACAUUUUCGUCAAAGCUUGGCUACGAAGAGCAUAUUCCCGGUCAAACGAGGGAUUGGAAUGAAGAACUUCAAACUACGAGAGAAUUACCAAGAAAAAAUUUGCCGGAAAGAUUAUUGCGUGAAAGAGCAAUAUUUAAGGUGCACAGUGAUUUUGUUGCUGCUGCUACCAGGGGUGCCAUGGCUGUUAUAGAUGGUAAUGUUAUGGCUAUAAACCCUGGAGAAGAAGCUAAAAUGCAAAUGUUCAUUUGGAACAAUAUUUUUUUCUCCUUGGGAUUUGACGUCAGAGAUCAUUAUAAGGAAUUGGGAGGUGAUGCAGCUGCUUUCGUUGCACCGAAAAACGAUUUACAAGGAGUACGAGUUUAUAGUGUUGUUGAUUUACCCGGAUUAUACACUCUUGGAACCGUUGUUAUUGAUUAUCGUGGUUACCGCGUAACUGCACAGUCUAUAAUUCCUGGUAUUUUGGAACGAGAACAAGAGCAAUCUGUGGUUUACGGAUCAGUAGAUUUUGGAAAAACAGUUAUAUCCCAUCCCAAAUACGUCGAACUACUCAGUAAAGCUGGUCAACAGUUAAAAAUAUUGCCGCACAAAGUUUUGAAUGACAAAAAUGAAGAAGUGGAACUGUGUUCCAGCGUUGAAUGCAAAGGAAUAAUUGGCAACGAUGGAAGACAUUACAUUUUGGAUUUACUUCGUACUUUCCCUCCGGAUGUUAACUUUUUGAAAUUGGAAGGGGAACAGUUGAGCAAAGAAGUUGUAGCAUUAGGUUUUCCUAUCGAGCGAAAGCACAAAUUGUGCUGUUUGAGGCAAGAACUAAUUGAUUCUUUUGUCGAGGCUCGAUACAUGAUGUUUAUUAAAUACGCUGCUUUUCAUUUGCAACAGCUUGGAGUAAAAAAACAAAAAGAGCGCGAAUCUAAAGCGAACCUUGAAAAGGAUGUGUCGAAUGAAAAUAAUAAAGUACCUGAAAAGCAAUUGAAAACUUUUGAGGGUGAAAAAGAGGAAGAAAUCGAGCCUGAUGAAGCCAAAAAAAUUGUAGAAAGCAUUACGGAUUCGAUAACUGGAGAGAAAAAAGAACUCGAAGAAAGUACAAAAGAAAUAGUGGUCAAAGCUGCGCAUGCCGUAUGCUCUUUGAAAGAAACGGAAUUCGACGUAAGAUUUAAUCCGGAUGUAUAUAGUCCUGGCGUCUCACAUUUGAAUCCAAACGGAGAGCAACUUAAAAAAGAAAGGCAGUUGGUGAAGGAUGCAGCGCAUUUUCUUCUCACCGUGCAAAUACCUACAUUUAUUAGAGAUUGUUUAGAUCAUUCGGCGGCACCUAUGGACGGUGCAACAUUUUCCGAAGCUCUUCACAAUCGCGGCAUCAAUAUAAGAUACCUUGGUAAAAUUGUCGCCAUGUUGUCCAAAGUUAAACAGUUAGAAUAUUUAUAUAGUAUUGCCGUAGCUGAAUUGAUAACGAGAGCCGCCAAGCAUGUUUUCACCAAUUACAUUCAAUCAACUGAUUUAAUGAACUUAUCAGCAUCAAUCAGUCAUUUUUUGAAUUGUUUUCUGUCUUCCUGUCAGAUGCCACAUCCUCAACAAAGUUUAGACGAACUCCACAGCAAGGCGACUAAACGGAGGAACAAAAGAAAGGGUCGUAACAAUCCUUUACUCGCGUCUGACGGUACGGAAUGGGCUAAUUUAACUCCAAAGAAUUUAUGGAACCAAAUAAAGGGAGAAAUAAAAAGUUAUUUCGAUUGGGAAUUGAAUGCGGACACGAUCGACGGUUGCAUCGAAACAUAUAGUCUUCAGAAAAUCUCACUUCUGAGAUCGUUUUGUUUAAAAACUGGCAUACAAAUAUUACUGAGGGAAUAUAAUUUCGAUUCUAAAAACCGUUUAACGUUUUUGGAAGAAGACAUAUUGAAUAUAUUUCCCGUCGUUAAACAUAUAAAUCCGCGUGCGAGUGACGCAUAUAAUUUUUACACUACCGGUCAAACGAAGAUACAGCAGGGUUAUCUCAAAGAAGGCUACGAAUUGAUAAGUGAAGCUUUAAAUUUACUCAACAACGUGUACGGUGCCAUGCACCCGGAAAUUGCUCAAUGCCUACGAAUGUUGGCACGUUUAAAUUACAUAAUGGGAGAACAUGUGGAAGCGAUGGCUUAUCAACAAAAGGCGGUCCUAAUGUCGGAAAGAGUGAAUGGCAUCGAUCAUCCGUACACCAUAACCGAAUACACUCAUUUGGCUUUGUAUUGUUUCGCUAAUACACAAGUGAGCACAGCUCUUAAACUUCUUUACAGAGCUCGGUACCUUGCGUUAUUGGUCUACGGUGAAAACCAUCCGGAAAUCGCAUUACUCGAUAGUAACAUAAGCUUAAUACUUCAUGCCGUGGGCGAAUACGAUUUGUCAUUAAGAUUUCUCGAAAAAGCACUCGCACUCAAUGUGAAAUAUUUCGGGAGUAAAUCCCUUAAGGUAGCAGUGAGUUACCAUUUAGUGGCAAGAACACAAAGUUGCAUGGGAGAUUUCAGGUCGGCGUUGAACAACGAAAAAGAAACUUAUGCAAUAUAUAAACAAGCCCUCGGAGAAGAUCACGAAAAAACGAAAGAAUCUUCUGAUUGCCUCAGACAUUUAACUCAUCAAGCCGUGGUUUUGCAGAAGAAAAUGAACGAAAUAUAUACGGGAAAAGUAGGAGCCACACUUCCGCCCAUUCAAAUCCAACCUCCAUCGAUGGGUAGCGUAUUGGAUAUGCUAAACGUAAUAAAUGGAAUUUUAUUCGUUCAAAUAAGUCAAAAAGAUAUAGAAAAUUUUAAGGCUGAAAUAGAAAAGAGACAAAACAAAGAAAAUUCUCCAUUGUCAAUUGUCGAUGAUAAAAAAAAUGAAAGCGGAGAAAUGGACGACAACAAAUCGAGAUGA